CUCAUAUGAACUGCCUCCUCCUGUCUUUCUACAUCAGGCAACGUAGAAAAUGGGCAAUUGCUGCGGCUCUCAAUCCAAAGAUGCCUUCACUGGCGAAGGCCGCACUCUAGGCUCCGCGCCUCCUCCGAAACCGAAAGCCUCCAUCCCUGCAGCCGCAACCACAGCACCGAAGCCUACAACUAAAGGGGCAGGACGAGCGACAGGUGGCAGCGCGGGUGGACUGGAGGCGGGGGAUCCGAGAGGGGCAGCGGCAGCAGCAGCAGAGGCGCGAGCGAACAAAGCCAGCGGUUCAGGCCCGCUAGCGCAGAAAUUGCAAGAGCAGAAGAAGCAGACGAGAACGGCGACGCUGGAGCAAGUUAGUCGGGAGAAUCGCCAGGCGAGAGACGCAGAUGCGGUGGCGGAUGCGAGGCACUACAAUUGAGAAGGAGUCAUGAAAUAGGGUUGAUGACGGAGUCUACAUGCGGCUGUGACACAAAAGUCUUCUUUGCAAGACUGUGGGAAAGAGGUUGACUUAUGUGCAUUUUUUGGGAUAGCGAGCGCUGCAUUUUUGGGAGAAGAGCUAUGAGGUUGGAUCUUCCCCGUGCGUGGCAUGUGCGAGUUGGGCAUGUCAUCUUCUUGCAUGACCGUGGAUGUUUUAACAUUACGAUUAGAUUUACAGGUUGCGCCGAAAGCUAUCAUUGAGCUCUUUAGCAUGCAUUUACAAGAAUAUAUGAAUGCGACCUUUCC